GGCUGUGGGCGGGGCCGCGGACGUGUCCGGACGGAGGCGGCUGGAUCCUGUGACCGUGUCCAGGAUUGGGACUGGGACUGGGACUGGCCCGACCCGGAGCAGCCGGCACCAUGCUGGACUUCGCAAUCUUCGCCAUCACCUUCGUGGUUUUCCUGAUCGGGGCCGUGCUCUACCUGUACCCGGCAUCCAGGCAAGCAUCUGGCAUUCCAGGGAUGGCUCCUACAGAGGAGAAGGAUGGAAAUCUUCCAGACAUUGUGAGCACAGGGAGCCUUCAUCAAUUUCUAGUCAAUCUUCAUGAAAAGUAUGGACCACUGGCAUCUUUCUGGUUUGGACAGCGACUGGUGGUCAGUUUGGGCUCCGUAGACCUCCUGAAGGAACACAUCAACCCAAACCGAACCUCUGAUCCAUUUGAGACAAUGCUGAAAUCCUUAUUGGGAUAUCAGUCUGGAUUUGGAGGCAAUGCCGCUGAGGAUCAUGUGAGGAAGAAAGUUUAUGAGACGGGAGUGAACAAAGCCAUCCAGAGCAACUUUGCUGUCAUGUCGAAGCUGGCUGAUGAGCUGGUAACAAAGUGGCUGUCAUAUCCUGAAGCUCAACAUGUCCCUCUGUGCCAGCACAUGUUGGGUUUUGCCAUGAAGUCUGUUACACAGGCAGCAAUGGGCAGUCACUUUGAAAAUGAUCAGGAAGUAAUCCGCUUCCGAAAGAACCAUGAAUCGAUUUGGUCAGAGAUUGGAAAAGGGUUUUUGGAUGGAUCUCUUGAUAAAAGCUCUUCCAGAAAGCAGCAUUACGAAGAGGCCCUGGGAGAAAUGGAAGCUACACUGAAGAAAGUGGCAAGAGAGCGCAAAGGAAAAAGCAAUAGUCGUGAAGUGUUCAUGGACUCCUUGCUGCAGGGUGACCUCAUUGAGAAGCAGGUUCUGGAGGACAGUAUGAUCUUUUCACUGGCUGGAUGUGUGAUCACAGCAAAUUUGUGCAUUUGGUCCACAUACUUUUUGGCUACGUCAAGCUCAGAGCAGGAAAAGCUUUACCAAGAGGUAAAUAAAGUUCUGGGAAGGAGCCCACUCACUUUUGAUAAGCUGCAAGAACUGAGGUACUGCCAGAAGAUUCUGAAUGAGACUGUCCGAACAGCGAAGCUCACCCCAGUUGCAGCGCGACUUCAGGAGUUGGAAGGGAGUGUCAACCAUCACAUCAUCCCAAAGGAGGCCCUGGUUAUUUAUGCCCUUGGAGUUGUACUUCAGGAUGACACAUCAUGGCACUUGCCUUACAGGUUUGAUCCAGAAAGGUUCAACGAUGAAACUGCCAGGAAGCAGUUUACAUUGCUGGGAUUUUCCGGGAGCCAGGAAUGCCCAGAGUUGAGGUUCGCUUAUACUGUGGCUACCAUCAUGCUGAGUACACUGAUCAGGAAGCUGAGCUUGCAUCCAGUGGCUGACCAGUUGGUGGAGAUGAAGUAUGACCUUGUAACCACCCCAAAAGAAGAGGCUUGGAUCACUGUCAGUAAGCGAAACUAGACUGACUUCAGCAGCGCUGAGUAUGGAGUUUAUUGGAUGGAGCCCAGUCAGUAAGAGGUUUGCAACGACUGUUCAGAUCCACACCUGCCACUGUAUCCUUCAUUCUUUACAAUAAGAUUCCUGAGAGUUUCAGCUAUUCUGCUCUUCCCCUACUUUUGAAAAUAUGAAGCUAACCUCAAAGUGGAAACUUCUCAUCAUUGCAAGCCUUCACUGCAGAACCUGUAUCAGAGCUGAACCAUUGUCUCAUUUUAGUGACGAUAUGGAAAUUCAGAUGGCCAUUCUUGAUUGUCUUGAGAAUCCCAGGUACAUCCGCACGUUACAUGCACUAUGAGCUGCAAGCACCCCUUGGAUAAAAUGGGGAAGUGUUCAACCAACUAAUUGACUGAUUUGGGAGUGAGAGAAGAAACGAAGUGAUGAUAAAGUGAGAUGAAAUUAUGGUGAUCGUAAUAGCAUUGAACAAUUUUGGAUAAGUGUGUACACCUAUAUUUGGGAUAAUGGUUCUGUCAUUUAGGCUUUUGGUGGGAUUUUCUGUUGAGACUUGGGAACAAACCUUUCACAUUCAGAGUUUGAGUUCCCCCACCACCAGCUGAGUCUGGAUGGUGCUGCACUGCUCCUGGCCAGCAUGAUAGGAGAGAGUGCCCAGCUGUGUUAAGUAAUGCUGUCCUCCUGCCCAGGAUUAGCUCAUGGAAUAAUUAGGCUGAGUUCCCACUCCUAAUCACUGUCAAACAUCUUAUGUGGAUUCCAACUGCGAGUAGAAUCUGAAUAUCUUGCGGAGCACUAUCAGUGAAAAAUCUAAUCUGACUCUUAGCCAUCAGCAUGGUUUGGAAAGGAAAGGGGAAUGAGCCCUCUCUGUUAAACAUUCUGUGGAGAUUUGGUCCAGUUAUCAUGAAUGAGGUCAAAAUCAGUUGUUAUCAGAAUGCUCUGUGGUCAUCAUUUAUCAAUAAAAUUGCUGAAAGGACAUCACAA